AUGGCUGAUAUCCCUGAGUUUGAUAUGAAUGAGGAGGAAGGAGAGGCCCUCGAUUUGGGAAUUCUGGGUGAGGAUCCGGCUCUGAGACAAGACGUAUGGCUUACAGCAAGGGUUCAUGCCAGAAAUCAAGUUAGCUCUCAGGCUUUCAAAACUGUCAUAUCUGCUUUGUGGAAAUCACGAAACUGCGAGGAGGUGCACCAGGCAGGAGUGAAUCUCUUCACGUUCAAGUUUACCUCUGCUAGGGACAAGGACCUAGUCCUCCGUUCGGGGCCCUGGUUCUUUAACCGGUACGCACUGGUGCUGCAACUGAUGAAUGGGGUGGUUGCCCAACCACCGAUUCCCCUUGGUGGUAUCCCUUUCUGGAUACAGGUUAACAAUCUUCCUCCGGGGGGAUUCAGGACAGAGGCGGUGGCACGUCUUAUUGCAAGAACCUUUGCAGGAUACAUAGAGUGGGACAAAUCAGAGGCGAACAAGUACGAACCACUCUUCAGGGUCCGGGUGUGGAUUGAUUCAGGAGCCUCGGUGCGUAGGGGCCGGCUGCUAACUUCCCCAGGGAAAGCGCCUCUGAAGAUAGUAUUCAAGUAUGAGAAGCUCAAGAAUUUCUGCUACAGAUGUGGUCUUCUUGAUCAUAUUCUGCGUGACUGUGAUGUGGAGGACGAAGGAAAUCCGCUACCGUUUGGUGGGUGGCUCCGUGCUGACCCGGUCAUUCGUCCGUUCUACGGCGCCGGCGUGAGGGAGGUGGGAACGAAGGUGGUGGACAGGGUGUGCAAGGCCAGGGAGGGGGAGCUGCGGGAGGACUUGGGAAUGGAGGGGGACCAACUUUGGUACAAGGGGAGGGCUCGGGUGUCAAGGAUGGUUCUGGAUGGUAGUGCUGAUGUGCAAGGUGAAGGGCCCAUGGUUGGGUCACAAAUGGAAGGAAGGCAACCAGAAUUUUCAAUGAACAAUGAUGGUGUUGAAAGUGUCACAGGUGGAAAUAAUACAGUAUUGGCUUUGGGACCUAGAAAGAGGGCUGGUGAUUUAUCUUCUCCUUUAGCUCGAACGGGUUUUUCUCCACCUCUGAAGAAAUUGAACUCUGACUUUGGAUUUGGAUUGGCGGAGACUCUGAGAUGUUGCGUCACAGAGGGGCAGGUGGCCUUUGUAAUUUAUUUCCAGUCCAGUGUGCUGGUGCACGACAAUCCUGUGCAGGUCUAUAUGGAGGGUCUUGCGGUGAAUGGUUUCCCGGAGGAGAGAAACAAGAGGAGGACAUGGGAGAUGAUUAGUGAUAUGAAACCUCCAGACUUGGUUCCGUGGUGCUGUUUUGGGGACUUUAAUGAUAUUCUUUCUCCUGAUGAUAAGCUGGGAGGUGAUCCUCCUGAUCAGAGUAUUCUCCAGGAGCGCUCUCUAAUUCGUAGCCAGUGUGGGUUACAGGAAGUGAACUUCUCGGGAAACCGCUUUACUUGGUCUAAUAAAAGAGAACACCUUGCAGGUACAAUUGAGGAGAGACUUGACUAUGUGCUGGUUAAUAGAGCUUGGCGGGAGGCUUGGCCGGUAUCUUCAGUGGCCCACCUACCUCGCUAUAGAUCUGAUCACAAUCCGAUUCUCCUCUGUUGUGGGAGUAGAAGAUCUAGGGUGGAGAAAAAGCGAGAGCGGGUGUUCCGUUUUGAGGAACUCUGGUUGCAAAAGGAGGAGGAAUGCACGGAGGACGUGGCAGCGGUGUGGGAGUCAUCUUUGAGUAAUCUCUGUGAGAAAAUUAGUGGUGUGGGCACGGCUUUGGAUGGGUGGGGGAGGAGUGCGUUUGGAGACAUUCCGAGGAAGAUUUCGGAUGCUAGAGUUGAGCUCCAACGGCUUCAGAGGAGAAUACAGACAGCGGAGGUGGUGGAGAGAACUAGGGUAGUAGAGAGGGAUCUUGAUGUGUUGCUUGAGCAGGAGGAGAUUAUGUGGAGUCAGAGAUCUAGAACUACUUGGCUUCGACAUGGGGACAGAAAUUCGAGGUUCUUCCAUCAGAAGGCCUCGCAACGAAGGCAGAGGAAUAUGAUUGAGUGCAUUCGGGAUAGCAAUGGGAGGGAGGUGGUGACAGAUGAGGAGAUUUCAAUUGUUUUAUCGUCCUAUUUCAGAGAACUCUUCACUAGUUCAAAUCCGUCCGGGAUUGACGAGGUGGUGGAGUUGGUAGCUAACCGUGUGACAGCUUCCCACACAGAGACCCUAGUUGCUCCCUUCUCAAAGGAUGAUGUGGAGGAGGCCUUAUUUCAGAUGCACCUGACCAAGGCUCCGGGAGCUGAUGGUUUGCAUGCGCUCUUUUACCAGAAAUUUUGGCGUAUCAUUGGUGAUGAUGUGACCCAAUUCUGCCUGCAAGUCCUCCAGGGAAACAUUGAUCCAUGUAUGAUUAAUCAAACUUUGUUGGUUCUGAUUUCUAAGAGUGCGUUUGUGCCGGGACGUUUAAUUACUGAUAAUGCUUUGAUUGCAUUCGAGUGUUUUCAUUUUAUGAAGAAAAUAAUCCAGAGCCGGAAUGGCAUUAUGACCCUCAAACUGGAUAUGUCUAAGGCAUACAACAGGGUUGAGUGGUCUUUCCUUGAGAAGGUUAUGAUAUCUAUGGGCUUCCCACUUUGUUGGGCGGAGUGUAUUCGUGACAUUCUCUCAACCUAUGAGAGAGCUUCUGGGCAAGCUAUUAAUCAUUACAAGUCAAUGCUUUCAGUUAGCCGCAAUGUGCCACAAAAUUGUUUCCAUGAGCUGAGAUAG